UUUAUAUGUCAAUGCUGAAUCUGAUGUUAGGUGGAUGGGAGGAGCUGCACUUUCCAUUAUUCAAGGAUGGUCAAAACCAAUGAAUGUCAUGAAAAUAGAGGGGGAGGAAGGCAAGACAGUCUAUGCCAUGACUGGAGUUCAAUGGGGACUGUAUAAAGAUUCACAAGAAAAAAGUACCAAGUACUGGUAUUUUGGACCUUUGAAACAGAGAAUUUCAUAUAUAAUAAAGACAAUGCAAGGCUGGCCACAAUUCAUAAGAAGUGAUUUCAGUAGUACAGUGCCAUGUACUGGAUGUAAUAAAUGUGUCACUGCUAUUCCAAAGAAGCCAUCCAUCUGGUCAUGGUUAUUUGGAUGGUGGAGAAAGACUGAAGAAGUUAUUGACUACUCCCAAAUCAACAAUGAAGAAUGUGGAAUAUGGAAUGAGAUGAAAAUAUCAAGUGUAGAAUUUACUGCUUCAACAACAAACACUGAUCCAUUGUUACAGGGUAUAUCAGAGAUUAAAGUGGAUUUAGGAAUUGAAGAGAUGAGUAGGUCUGAUUUCAUUAAAGAAGGCUGGGCUCGAAUGAAAGAUAAAAAUAAUAAAGAUACAGAAGAAAGAAUAGAAAGGACUAAAAUGAGUGUAGGAGAGUUCAAACUAACGCCAAUAAUUGACAAGGAUCAAGAAAAUUGGUUUUAUAUUGACAGUGAAAAAUUUGAAGUGAUGUCAAUCCAUGCAAGUCUUCUAAAAAACAAAAUUAAUUUCUUUACAAAUAUUCAUUAGUAUUUCUGUUAACUGUAUAUUUUAUUUUGUUUUGAAUUGAAUUCAAGUUAAAGAACUUGUUA